AUGGUGGAUUUUAAACGUUAUCUUGCAGCGAGUAUCUUGACCGAGGAUAGAGUCGUAACUUAUCGACUACUCAGUCGGGUCCUAAAGGUUCAUGUGAAUGCAGCAAAGGAAAUGCUGUUUGAGUUUCAUCGAGUCCAAAAUGCAAGGAAGCCACGAUCCAUCCAUGCGACAUAUCUCAUUGGUGGAACAAGAAGAAAGGAAACCCCGGUAGUGAUUGAAGUCCAGAAGGAUGGCGAAGAUGAUUAUAUGCAGAGCAGUCCCUUUGUUGGAAGUUCAAUGCCACAAGCUGAGGAGAGUACUGGCGAAGGUUCUAUACUGAGCAUAACUUUGACACGGGAGGAGGAUUUGGACAAAAUUCGGUCGGAAUAUGAACAUAUUUCUUCAAUACAUAUCUACAGUAUAGGGCCUCAUCCGUUGAAGGAGCUCCAACUCCUCUCAGAUGCAACCCGAGAAAUCCAAACCCUCUCUAAAUCCGAAGAUCCUCUCGAAUCCUACCACAAAUACGGAAUAAUAACCAAUCCCAAUGCGAAACGUCGUACACGCAAAGCACCACCGGUUGUGCCCGCCGCACCAACACCUGUUCCAGCCAGACCCGCAGCUGCGAAAUCUAAGCUCAACGAAGUUCAAGAAGCUCCCAAAUCCUCCUCCACAUCCUCCAAAAAACCAGAAUCCAAAUCACAACCCUCUACCGCGAAAGAUUUCUUCGGUAACAAGGGAAAAGAAAAGACCAAGCCCAAACUACAAACGGAAUCCAGCAAAGCGGAAUCUACAACUGCGCCUUCGAGCAAAGAAUCAACACCAGCUCCUCCCGCAAACCUAAAGCGCGAAUCAAGUAGCAUUUUCAAAGCAUUUGCAAAGACUCAACCUAAGAAAUCGAAAAUCGAGGAAGCGGAUUCGAGCGCAAAGGAGGAUAUCCCCAUGAAAGAUGCCUCGGACGAUGAGGAUGAAGAUACAUGGAUGCCAGCGCCUGUCAGCAAAGAAAGCAAAUCCCACGACCGCAACUCCAGAAAAGAGACACAAGAAAGAUUGAGGAAAAUGAUGGAAGAGGAAGAGGAGGAGGAAGAGGAAGAAGCUGCACCAUCUCCAGCCUCUGAACCAGCAGCCGAGGAACCCGAAAAGGAGAACGAGGCCGAGGAAGUCAAGGAAGAAGAACCUGCCGUGACUACAAGUAAUGGUCGAAGAAGAGGUCGAAGAAGAGUAAUGAAGAAGAGAACCGUAAAGGAUGAAGAUGGUUAUUUAGUAACCAAACAAGAACAAGCCUGGGAAUCCUUUUCCGAAGACGAACCGCCUCCUCCCGUACCCAAAACCAAAGCUCCCAUCUCCACUUCUACUUCCACUUCCACAACUGCCAAAUCUAAGAAAGACGCGCCGAAGAAGGGACAGGGAAAUAUCAUGUCGUUUUUUGGGAAGAAAUGA